AUGACAUAUGGAUUGGGAUAUCGUCUUGACGCCGGAAUCAAUUCAACGUGGCCGCGACCGACUUGUCCAGCGCCGACAUCGACGACGAGAACACCACCAAACAUGGGUUCAAAACCCCUCGGAUGGUCUCAACGUCCCAAUUACCCGGAGUCGGUCACGCCGUUCUUUGUUGCAAGCCGACCCAACUCCGCGUCCAGCAACACCAGCGCCCCAACGUAUGCGGGAGUCGUCACCACUGGCUCGGCCCUUCCAACCUUUGUCCCUCUUGCCACCAGCCGAGUCAGAUCAAGAAGCGUCGGCCCCGCCACCAAUGACAACGUCAGCGACCGUUCCGACGUACGUCACAGCGACCACGCGAGCGACUGUUCCAGCGACCGCGCCGACGCACGUCACAGCAACCACGCCAGCGACCAAGUCAGCGUCCGUCCCAGCGACCAAGUCAGCGUCCGCGCCGACGUACGUCACAGCGACCACUCCAGCGAUCAAGCCAGCGACCGUUCAAGCGUCCGAGUCGCCGCUAGCGGAUCCAAGGCCAACUACUCCUUCAACGGCGGCAAUGACAAGGCAAAUGAGCGAGUUGAACCCGUUCGGUCGAGAGAAGAGCCGCUUCGCACUCCAAUCGUCACCUCCUCCGCCAGUCCUUCGCUUACGGAACCUAGCCCGGUCUCCUACGAGAGCGACUGCGACUUUGCCACCCUCGAGCGCACCAUCAACGACGUCCUUGAAGACACCCGAAGGAGCGAUGACUCUGAAAAACUGUCGUCGGCUCCAGCGACGACAAACCUGACAACGGCCUCGCCAACACCGACGGCCUCGCCAACAACCACGCCAACGCCCCUUCAAUCGCUCUUGCCCGCGGCCACGCCAACGGCCAUGCCAACAACCUCGCCAACACCAACGGCCACGCCAACGCCAGCUUUUCGACAAUGCCCGCCCCAUUUGCUCCCGAGUCGACUUUGUCAAUCCACCCGAUUCAAGUGGCGGCGGUAUUUGUGGCAAUUUUCGCACUCUAUCAGACGCUCAAGGCGUUUUUCACGCGAAACCAGCAAUAAGCGCGUCUGGGCUCAUUCCAAAAGAGCUCUUUUACGCCAAGACUGUCCCCGCAACACCUGGGUCGACUAUUCGUCUUCACUGGCGAGUCACGUGCGCGAAAACAAGGGUAUUUUUGCUCGAAUGCCCAUUUCCAUCAACGGACAAUUUGGCCUCGCUGUACUUCCCCAAGUUUGGCCUCUUGUCGAAGCAGACGUGCUCUUCAACCAGCUUCUCGACGACAUCCUCGUCUGCUGCCAUCAAGAAAAGAUGCUGACCUUGGAGAAUGUACAUCAACGAUCGUUGCUGUCCAGCCACUUGCUCGAUUCGAUUCCGCACUCGAGCCGCUUUAGUGCUUCUAUCGCGCUGGCGGAAUUUUACUUGGCGGCGUGCGAUUGCAAGUUCAUUCCGAGGUCUUAUUGGACAGGGCGAGAGGAAAAUGGCGAUAUGAGAGCCGUCAGCUACCUUGGGCGAAAUAUCUGCUCUUCAACCAACUCGCCGCUCACCAACGAUUCGACGGCAGCACCAGAGGAUAGCGAGUACUUGGUCGGUCUCGACGUUACAAGCGAGCUUGUAUCGAUUAUGCAAAGUAUUUGCAUGGCAAGUUACUCGGAAAUCAAGUCGCGCCAAUCGUUUUCCUCCACGGUGCAUGAAAUCGACUGGACGACUCUUCACCGCAGUGACACAUUUGCCCAUCUGGUGACGGUUGCCAACGUUGUCGAUUACGCUUACAAGGACUUGUCGCUGCCGAUCAACAACCACCUCGGCCGAAAAUACCAGGAUUUGGCGACUCCCCGCGUCUUUGGAACCUUUCUCCAAGUCGAAUUUCCCAAGCUCGCCAAAGAUCUUGUGCUGCUCAAGGGCUACUCGCUGCUGCAAAACUCGGAAAACGUCGCCCUCUCAAUGCUCUGCAUCAUUCGCCAAUUCUUGGCAAAAUUUGUGGAGAGCGAAGAGCAGCGACUCACCAAAGUGCUCUCAUUCACGGCGCUAGAAAAAGAGCUCGUCUUUCAGCCGCUGGAGAAUCUCACGCCCGAGCAGCAGCAAUCUCGACAAGUCCUCCUCCGCACCCACAAAACUCUGCGCGGCACGUGCAUCGCAAAUCACAGGCACACAAUGUUGGUGCUGCUGGAUCGACUCGCCAACUUCUAUCUCGUCUUUGCGCUGCAAGAAGAUCCGCUGCUUCGCCUAGAAUCCGUCCUCAAGCACGAGCACGUCGUCAAUCAGGCCCUCAUCACAAAAGGCGGUCGCAAUUUCGAUCCCUUUUGCAGACGCUGGGCAUGGAUGCUGCCAACUUUCCGCUUUAUAGCGAGAAAAAGAAGCUCGACGGCACAGCGUUCGACAUCAAGCCACCAAGUCCGCUCAAGCGACGAUUCGACCCAAGUCGCCUAG